AUGGCAAGGAAAUUCUGCAGAGGAGCGGAAAAAGGUGCGGAGAAGGAAAAUAUGAGUGAUACGUUCGCUGAUAACAGUGUUAACAAGAGCCAGCAAGGAGUUAUAGUAAUUUUAGUAUUUCUACUGGAUCGAAUUUGCAAACCUAUUGAACAAGAGCAUAAAGAUUCAGAUUUGGACGUUUCAAAGCGGACCGACGUUUGUGACAUUCCUGUGAAUUUCAAGGCCAACAUGAGCGACAAUGAUAAAAUCAUAGAAAUCAUUUGUUGUAUCUUCAUACCGCCUCUGGCCAUCUAUUGGCAUUCGAAGGAUUGCGGUAUGCCAGUGCUUAUCGAUAUAAUCCUUUGCUUCCUGUUUUGGAUACCUGCCGUUAUUUACGCUGUGUGGUUUUGCUUUAUGCAACACUAA